UUAUCAAUCCAACCAACAAGUACCUGUAGGAUAGUUUUUUUAUAGUUGGAAACAUGAAGAUUAUUUUGGUUUCAUUGGUGGUGGGACUGCUACUCGUCUCCUGCCAGGGGUAUCAAGUCAAGCCAAGAAACUACAAUCAAACGAUUCAACAGCUCAAUAGAGAAUAUGUUAAACUGGAAGAGGAAUUCCGACGGGAAUUCCAAACAUGGAGGCAAUCUGGCGUGAAAACCCCUCGCUACAAAGAGAUGUUAGAAACCUGGAAGUUUACGGAGGAUCACCGACGUAAGGACUUAGAAGAUCUGCCUGUUCGAAUGGAAGGAGUCCUUUGCACUUUAUGCCGAUCGGUUGUUAGCCAACUGAUGGAUCUACGAAAACAGGGAGCGUCGCGCGAAGAACUACACGGAGUUGCCUACGAACUCUGUACAACACUGCAGAUUCAGGAACCAGACGUUUGCCGCGGAGUUAUUGACUUGAAUAUCGACUUUUUCCUGUUCAUCUUUGAUGAUCGUCCAACGGUUGGUGCCGAUACAUUAUGCGCGGUUGUAUUCCAGUCUUCGGCUUGUACACUGUCUGAUCCAGAAUUCAUCAACUGGUCAGUCAACGUGAACCCCCGCAGUGCGCCAAUUACCGAAUCCAAAUACUUCCCAAAUGCACGGGGACCCAACGACAUCAAAAUUGUACAAAUUACCGACUUGCACUACGAUCCACUGUACCUGGUGGACCACAAUGCCGUAUGCAACCGGCCUGCUUGUUGCCGCAAUGACCAAGGUAUUCCGAAUGAUCCUUCACAUCGUGCUGGAAAAUGGGGUGAUUACCGCGACUGUGAUUCUCCGUGGGACGCCGUCGAUGACGUGAUCGAUCACGUUGCUGAUAAUCACCCGGACGCAGCAUACAUCUAUCACACCGGAGACAUAAUCGAUCAUGGCGUAUGGGAGACAUCCGUGUCUCAUAAUAUUCAGACCAUGAAUCGCGUUUAUGUCAAACUAGCGGAGAGGUUCCCCAAUACACCCGUGUACAACAUCAUCGGUAAUCACGAAGCUCAUCCGACAAAUGUCUUCGCACCAAGUACGGUACCCGAACGCCAGUUCUCAAUGGAAUGGCUUUACUCCUACUCUGCGGACAUGUGGGCUACCUGGCUACCUCAAGCAACCCAGAGCACCAUUCGUGACGGUGGAUUCUACACAGCUUUAGUUCGUCCAGGCUUCCGAGUUAUUGGCUUGAACAACCAAGACUGCUACACCUAUAACUGGUGGAUCCUGUGGAAGCCGGACUAUUUAUCUAACCAAUUGCAGUGGCUUCAUGACGUUCUGCUGCAAGCUGAACGGAACAAUGAAAAAGUUCACAUUCUCGCCCACAUCCCGUACAGUUCAUCCGGAUCGACCUUCCGCACCUGCCAGAGGGAAUUCCGUCGUAUCGUUGAACGAUUCUAUGACACCAUCAGUGGCCAGUUCAACGGACACACCCACCGUGACGAGUUCAAUGUGUUCUACUCGAGGGAGAACCCGGAACAUGCCAUCAAUGUCGCAUGGAAUGGAGGUAGCACAACGGCCUUCAGCAAUAUCAACCCGAACUAUAUUGUCUACUAUGUAGACCCGGAAACCUAUCAAGUGACCGAUUUUGAGUCGUACAUUUUCAAUCUAACCGAUGCGAACCGCUUCCCGGAGCGACGACCGGAAUGGUAUCAGCUGUACUCGUUUGCCGAGGAGUUCAACAUGCACAAUCUGAGCCCACAGGAGGCGGAUAAGAUGGUGAAGCGGCUGGGAACGCCAGCCGGGCGGGAGGAAUUGCGGCGGUACUGGCAAUUUAAGGUCAAGAUGGGCGAUCCUUCGCUGGAAGCCGGCUGCGAUGACGAUUGCUUGCUGAACCACCUGUGCGGUGUGGUGGUUUCCGAGAUGGACGAUGACGUCAAGUGUGAGGAACUGCGAGCGACGUUCUUUGAUUGAUUAUAUCAAAUAUAGGAACGUAAGCAAUCUCUGAACCAAUUUCUAAUUGUGUAUAUAAGUCCAUGAUUUAUUUUAGCUGGGACGCUUAAGCAUAAGAUAAUGUUUCAUAAUAAAUAAACUAAGUAACUCUA